AAAAAGAAAAACAACUCAUCUGUAUGAUAACACUUAAAUUUGAUUUUCGAACUGGAUUCAACUUCUAGAGAAGAACAGAGCAUGUACUUGAAACUAUGUGGAGGUUAAUAAACCAAUGAGUUUGUGGGUUUUUCAUUUUUGCUUUGGCAAAUAUUCCAAAAGAUGAAGCAAUGUCUGGCUAUGUCAGAGCUGUGAAACAUUGAGAAGAAUGUUGAUUCAUCAUCUGCGUCCCUUUCCACUGAGUUCUCUGUCUCCUCGUUCUCUCACCAUCUCCACUGCUCUCUCUUCUUCAACGAAGCAACAACACAAGCUCUGGUCUGGUCUUGAAAACUGGAGAAAGAGUCCUGUCAAUGACCUCCGUCUCUGGGGACCUACGGGUCCUCUCCUCCCUUCUUCCGGCUCCAUCUCCGCCGACUUAUCCGGUCUGGUCUCGGCGGCGUCUUCUCUCGCCGAUCUCGGAGCUCUCGUCCUCUCAACCGCUGACCCUCUCUCCAAAUCUCAUAUCUCCCAUUUAGCUUUCUCGCGUUGGCGCCGUGAGAAUCUCCCUGUUGGUUCAAUCUCACAUCUUCCCUCUUCUCCAGCUCGUCCUGCCAAACCACUCCUCGUUGCGACCAACGAGGUUCCAAAUCCGAAAGAUUCCAAGCUUCCCCUCAAUGCUCAUAUGCUUCAUAACCUCGCUCAUGUCGAGCUCAAUGCUAUUGAUUUGGCUUGGGACACUGUUGCUCGUUUCUCCCCUUUCUUCGAUGUUUUGGGUCACAACUUCUUUGAUGACUUUGCUCAUGUUGCUGAUGAUGAGAGUCGCCAUUUCUUGUGGUGUUCCCAGAGACUCGCUGAGCUUGGUUUCAGGUAUGGAGAUAUACCUGCUAAUAACUUGCUGAUGAGGGAAUGCGAGAAAACAUCCAACAAUGUCGCUGCUCGCUUGGCUGUGAUCCCUCUUGUACAGGAGGCUAGAGGACUUGAUGCUGGACCCAGGUUGGUCAAAAGGCUAACGGGCUUCGGAGAUAAUAGGACUUCAAAAAUCGUGGCUAAGAUCGCUGAGGAGGAAGUUGCACAUGUAGCUGUUGGUGUAGACUGGUUCCUCUCUGUGUGUCGAAAGAUGAACCGUGCUCCCUGCCCUACAUUUAAAGAUCUGAUCGAAGAGUAUGGUGUUGAAUUAAGGGGCCCUUUUAACCACUCUGCUCGGGAGGUAGCUGGCAUUCCACGAGACUGGUAUGAUUCAUCAUGUGGCACAGAAGUGGAUAAAGGCGCUAAUAAACAGGAUGACAAGGAGCAACUCUCUGCGGUUUACAAUAGGCUCACUCACAUAAUCUCAAUGGAGAGUGAGAAUUCAAGUCUCGAAAGGCCAGCCAAAUGACAUGAUGCCGUCGGAGUCAUGAUUUAAUGGCUUUAUAACUUAUGAAUGAGUGUCAGCCGUGAUUUCCUGGGAUCUGAAAUUACAAAUUAAUGAUUUCUCAUACGAACUAGUUCAAACCUACUCUAGCUUAGGAUUUUCCUCUCUUAGUGCGGCUACUGUUUAUCGUGAUUUUAUGACUUUGCUUUUUGGUGCAUGUGUGAGUAUAAUAGUGGAAAUUUGCAUUGGAGUUGAUCCAAGCAACCAAUUUGUUAUAUAAAUUUGCUCGUAUCCAAGAUACCUUGUUUUUGUGUU